AUGUCCUCGACGCGUCUAUCCGAGUCAGCCACUCAGCCGGUGCCCUCUAUCGCGGCACUCCCUAGUCUUGCGCAUUCGCUCUCGUCCCUCGCGACAAUGACCUCUGUGACGAAGGAUAUGGUGCACUACGGCACCGUGAGUCGGGCGAAAGAUGCGAGCAAGGCUAAGCUAACUACCGCACUUGAGAGGACAAAGCAACGGCAAGGAGUGAGCCCCAGUGAAGAGGUCGGUGUUCUCCCGUUCUCUGAUCUUCGUGGGCAUCCGUCAAACCCUAUUUUGUAG